AUGAUUAUCCGGAGACCAAGAAUGAUUAAAUUUCAAAGAUCUAUACCUUUGUAUAUAGUACUCCUUUUAUUUGCAAUUGCUUUAUCUUACUAUAUUUUAAUUGGAGUUUACACUGUAAUUGAACCUGAUAUGAAUAUUACUAAGAAAACAUCACAACAAAUUGUAUUUAUUGGAGGUUAUCCAAGAAGUGGCACUACUCUUAUGCGUGUCUUGCUAGAUGUACAUCCAAUGAUUCGAUGCGGUCCUGAAACUAGAGUAAUACCCAAAAUCCUCAACUUACGAGGUCAAUGGGGUAGAGGAAAAGAAAGUGAACGACUUACAGCUGCUGGUCUAUAUCCCGUUGCAGUCGAUUCUGCUGUACGAUCAUUUAUAUUAUCUUUAAUCCAAAAUGCUGGAGAAAAUGCACUUGUUCUGUGUAAUAAAGAUCCACUAUCAUUUAUUUACCUUGAAUAUUUGGCGGAAAUAUUUCCUGAGGCAAAAUUCAUCCACAUGGUACGUGAUGGGCGUGCUGUGAUUAAUUCACUAGUAAAACGACAUGUUACCAUCAAAGGAGCACCUGAACCUAUAGAUGAAAAAUUUUUGCAUGGGAAAACCGAAGAAGUUCUGGGUGAACUGUUUGAAUUUCUCGAAUUACCAUGGGAUCCAAUCGUUCUUCACCAUCAAACGGCUAUGGGUCAAAGCUCUCUAAGCAAACUCGAACCGAGUACUUCACAGGUUGUUCAUCCAAUACACUUGGCUUCACUAACUUCAUGGGCUUCAAGCGAUUCAGUGUUGCCCGAAUCUUUCAUCUCAUCAAUACACCGAGAAAGUGAUAUACUGAAAACACUUGGUUACGCUGAUUUGGGUGUACCACCACAUUACGGUACUCCAGAAAACCAGGUGGUCAAUAUAACUAGUUACCUUAUCAGUGAUCCACAAUUUAGACAGAUAUUCUAACUUCAUAUUUCCCAUGUGAUAAUUUACUUUUGUUGUCAACAUUGUUUUGUGUAAAUUGUGUGAUACUUGUAAGUUAUCUGUGCGUAUUGUUCU